GAGGCGCCUGUCAAGCCGAGCGGGACUGUGGCGGGGAUGGGCACCGCCAUGCUCAGCCGAGGGAGCCCGCUGGCCGGUCUGCGGCCCUUGCUGGCGGCGCGGCGGCGGCGGCUUUUGGCCAACCCGGAGGAGCCCCGGCGGCCGCUUGGUCUCAGCAGCGUCCGCGGCGGGGAUUUCUUCCGAGAAUUUAAAAAGCUGACCAAUUUCCACAACUUCAGGACUGACUUCGAUUCCAUCUAUCCAACAAGAAGUCUCCCUCCUGAGCAGUGCGAUGUAGUGAUCAUUGGCGGUGGGAUAAUAGGCUGGUCCAUUGCCUAUUGGUUGAAAGUCAAAGAAACACGCAGAAAUGCCCUUCGAGUGUUGGUAAUUGAGAGAGACAAUACUUAUUCCAAAGCAUCCACAGUUCUUUCUGCUGGAGGGAUACGGCAGCAGUUUUCAGUGGAAGAAAAUAUCUGGAUGAGCUCUUUCUCAGCAACCUUCUUGCGUUUAAUCAAUGACCAUCUUGGUAUUGUUGGAGAACCACCUAUUGAUAUUCAAUUUAAUCCUUCCGGUUAUCUCUUUCUCGCUUCGGAAAAUGAAGCUUCCAUUUUGGAGGAGAAUGUAAACCUUCAAAGGCAGGAAGGAGUAGCUGUCUCUCUGCUUUCACCAGCACAACUGACAAAGAAAUUCCCAUGGCUGAACACGGAUGGCGUAGCUCUGGCUUCUUAUGGCUUGGAAAAUGAGGGCUGGUUUGAUCCCUGGACUCUGCUCAAUGCUUUCAAGAAAAAAGCCAUCUCUCUAGGCACGCUCCAGUAUAACGGAGAAGUGACAUCUUUCAACUCGGUUUCCUAUGAAAUGAAGUCUAGAGAUCAGCAGAGUAAACUCUCGUGUAUUCAAUCUGUAAACGUCCAGCUGCCCGAAGGUUUUGAACGUGCCAAGGUUGACUGUUCUAUAGUGGUGAAUGCGGCAGGAGCCUGGUCAGGCCGAGUGGCCGAGAUGGCUGGCAUUGGGGCUCCGUCCGAAAACUUUCUAUCAGGGAUCAAACUUCCAGUAGAACCCAAGAAAAGAUAUGUCUAUGUCUGGCAUUGCCCUGAAGGACCUGGCUUGGAGUCCCCAUUCCUCAUUGACACAACUGGAGCCUAUUUCCGAAGAGAAGGUUUGGGUGGCAAUUAUCUUGGAGGCUUAAGCCCAACAGAAAAAGAAGAGCCAGAUAUUGAAAAUUUGGAAGUAGACCCUGAGUUCUUCGAGGAAAAAGUCUGGCCUAAGCUUGCCCACCGAGUGCCGUGCUUUGAAUCUUUGAAGGUAAAAAGUUCCUGGGCCGGUUACUAUGACUACAAUACGUUUGAUCAGAAUCCUGUGAUUGGCAGGCACCCACUAGUGUCAAACCUCUACUUUGCUUCAGGCUUCAGUGGGCACGGGUUACAGCACGCCCCAGCGGUGGGACAAGCCGUGGCCGAGCUCAUUCUGGACCUUAAAUAUAAGUCCAUCAACCUCGAGAGAUUCUCCUUCGACAGGCUUAUCAAGGACGAGAAGCUUCUUGAGAGAAAUAUAGUCUAAAACCACCCAAGUUGGGAUCCAUUUGAAGAGUGAAGAGUUUUAGUCAUUUAUUCUGCCCCUCCUUUCCAUCCUCGUGCCUAGUCAUUACAUGCUCAGGUGGCAGCACAUGGACGUUGCUCUGACUGCGAUAAGGCACGGCUGCGGUUCAUUUGAAUGGGUCUAUUUUGCUCAGAUUAACUCAAAAGAGUAACGGAAGAGUUGCCUGCAAUGCUGCUGUGAUCGAACCUGAAACUGAAGAGGACGCUUGUGGGGGAGAGGGUUUUCCCCUCCCCAGCUAUACUACUUCUGCUCCCCUUUGUAGUUUCUCCUGUGCAUUAGAGCUCAAUAGUAUAGCCUUUAUUGCCAUUGUACAUCAUGUAUACAACGAAAUCGGUUAAGCUUCUCUCUCAGUAGAGGGAUUUGGAGAAAGAGGAAGGAGAUGACGAAGGUUCUGCUGUGCUUUUUACCUCUUCUUCCGCCAUUUGGCCUAGUAGGACUCUGGCGUCUGCUUAGGUCAGUGUUAGAGGAAAGAGGAAGUGCAACAGUUUAUUCCAGAUCAUUUGUAGGAUUGUGGCUGAAGGGAGACAAAAGGAAACGACUGAACCAGGACGCUUCUUAAAUUACCUCUCCCUUCUCCCUCCUUCAAGUCAAAAUUUAGAUCAAGAAUAGGAUGAUCCAGGCUGAAAUAGAAGUUUACUGAGGAUAAAGCUUUGCCUGUAGCCAUUCAUCAGCUAGGCUCCUCUAGACCAGGGGGUGUCAAACCUGGAAAUGUUAAGAUGGGUGUACUUCAAUUCCUGGAAUUCCCCAGCCGAAACUAUAAGAGUUGAAGCCUACUCAUUUUGUUAGUUCCCAGGUUUGACAAACUCUACUCUAAGGAGCUCUUCCUCUUCUAGUUCAUCUCCAGUACCUGAUAUGCAAAAGUAUACCAAAUCUAUAGGAAAUUUAAUUUGUUUUUCCGACUGGAAGUUACUCCUAAGAUAUCUACUUCAAUCCCCUUACAAAGUUCUUAAUUUGAUUUUUUUUUAAAUCAAGUUUUAGAAGAGGGUCACAACAGGGACAUAAAUACAGCGUGAGGUGCAGAGAAGGAACCAUCAGCUUUCUCUUCCAACAUAUGUGGAUCAUGUACUGUAAAACGUGUUGAUUUUAGACACAGAUUCUGGAACCUUAACUCUACAGAAUAGAAUAGUGGUGUACUGAGUUUAGUGCACCACAGUGCAAAUAAUUUUUAACAACAUCGACAGUGUAAGGCAAUAAAACAAAUUAUUUCCAAAUGCA